UAUAACAUGAAUGGGCUGGUUAUCGUGCAGCAGCUGCACAGCUGCCUGCAACAAGGAGAAGAGGAACAAACAUGGCGACCGGCUGUGCGUGGUUUCUGGUGCUGGGCUCGGUUUUUCUGUGCAACCUUAUGAAAACACUCCUGCCGACCAUAUCAUCGCUCCUCUCAAAGAUGGUGCAGAAAGAUGCUGAGCAGGAGAGCGAGAUGAGGGCCGAGAUCCAGGAGAUGAAGAAGGAGCAGUCCUCCAUUAGCAUGAUGGAUGAGUUUGCCAGAUAUGCCAGACUGGAGCGCAAGAUCAACAAGAUGACAGACAAGCUGAAAACACACGUGAAAUCAAGAACAGCACAACAAGCCAAAAUGAAAUGGGUUGUGAACAUUGUCUUUUACAUACUUCAGGCUGCUGUGAUGAUCUCUUUGAUAUGGAAGUAUUACUCUGAUCCAGUGACAGUAGUCCCCAGUAAAUGGAUUGCCCCUGUGGAGCGCCUUGUUGCCUUCCCAACAGGAGUUGCAGGUGGAGUGGGAAUCACAUGCUGGCUGGUGGUUUGCAACAAAGUAGUCACACUGGGUCUUCAUGCCAUCAGCUAGAGACUACAGCUGCACCAGUUCUUUAACUUAUUGCUAAACAUUUUGUUGAUGAAAGCACCAAGGUUGUGUGUGUACAGGUCAACAUGUACAAAUGCAGAGCAUUUCGGUGUUGGCCGCUUCAUGUUACAAUAUAGUAUUUUGGUAAUUUUCUUGUUUGUUUGUUAAUUAUUUAAGUUAAUUGUGACAAUGUUUUGACUUUAUAAUUUCAAAACGCAACAGUGUGGAAAUGUUGACAUUCCUUUUUAAGAAAAGAUAAUAAAAUAAAUGCUUUAA